ACUCUCAACGCAUGGGUCAUUCAUAUGUGUAUAACAACUAUUCAAGCAGAGCAAUAUACAUAAUCACACUGUGUGAUUGUAUAAAAACAAUAUUCUCUGUACUUGGACAAAUGGAGAGAGAGGAAAAGGUUCAUUGCACUUUAUGCAAUUCUGGAUAUCAUACUUCAACCAGAUCCUCACAAAGGUAAGUUACAAAGUGGACCGCGUACACCUCGUAUCUAUCUGAGGACAGCGCGCGAUCCAACGGGAGGCGCGAGAGCGCAACAUUUGAUGUGCGCGCAUGACAGGAACGCGCUAUUAUGUUGAAAAAUCGUAGAGCACAAACUUUGCGCUCAGUCUCAGUGCAAGGACUUGGAGUUCCCCUCAGGAAGGAGUCAUUUCACGUCAUGUGUUUCUGGUAUUGCACUGGACGCAUCAAAGAUGCGCGCACUCCACAGAGGUUUGGAGACUCCAACUGGAUGCUUAUUCCGCGCGCGCUCAAGUUAACGCAGCCCUAAAGGGAUGAAAACUCUGCUGUCAUCAUCGUCAGCGGGAAAAGGUUCACAUGAUGACUUCAGACCUGUUGCUGGUUCUCCAAAUGUCCUCGAUCUGACAAUGGUUAACUGCUUCAAUUCCUCUAGCUCCAACAGCACGGCCGUCAGCUCGGAUGGGGCUCCGUUCCCAGGGUACACGAUGGUCAUUCUGGCGAUCCUCAUGAUAACUCUGGUGGUCGUGGUGGUGGUCGGGAACGCGUUGGUUAUUCUCGCGUUCGUCGUGGACAAGAGCCUCAGAAAUCAAUGCAAUUACUUCUUCCUUAAUUUGGCUAUAUCGGACUUCCUUGUUGGGGCUUUUUGCAUCCCGGUCUAUAUGCCCUAUAUCUUGACGGGCAGGUGGAUGCUGGGCCGUGGACUGUGUAAGCUGUGGCUUGUGAUGGACUACUUGUUGUGCACGGCUUCUGUCUUCAAUAUCGUCUUAAUCAGCUACGAUCGCUUCCUGUCCGUUACCCGAGCUGUGAGGUACCGGGCCCAGCAGGGAGUCACUCGUCUGGCCGUGGUCAAGAUGUUGGCGGUGUGGGUUUUGGCAUUCCUCCUCUACGGACCAGCCAUCAUCUUCUGGGAACUGAUGGUUGGAGAAAGCAUCGUUCCAGAGGACGAAUGUUUCGCCGAGUUCUACUGCACCUGGUACUUUCUGCUCUCCGCGUCUACCUUCGAGUUCUUCUCUCCGUUCAUCUCCGUGGCCUUCUUCAACUUCAGCAUCUAUCUCAACAUCCAGCGGCGGAACCGGAGUCGUAUGGCUCAUGUGGAAGCUGAGAAGGAGGACGGCUGGAGGGUCAUCGACGGACAGGCCUCGUCUGUUUUCUUCGUCAAAACACGCAAGGUGUCCUCUAGCGAGCCAGCAACCGUUUCAGCCGUGAUCAAAGAUGACGAGGAGGUUUCGCCAUCAUCCAGCGGCGAUCCCAGCAGCACCCACUCCGUGUCUUUGACAAUGAAGACAACCAUUAAAAAGCGAGGGUUGCUCAGCGGUUGGGUAAGGACGCGCAUAAUACGAGCGCAGGAGGCAUCAAAUCCAUGCGCCCCAUGCAGAAGCGGAGGACAAGCACGUCUCUCGAGAGAUAAGAAGAUUGCCAAGUCCUUGGCAAUCAUAGUGUGCGUUUUUGGGGUGUGUUGGGCACCGUACACUCUCCUUAUGAUCAUACGGGCGGCCUGCAGUGGUAGCUGUGUGGAACAUCAUUGGUAUGAAGUCACUUUUUGGCUCCUUUGGCUCAACUCGGCCAUCAACCCUUUCCUCUACCCGCUUUGCCACAGCAGCUUUCGCCGGGCUUUUGCCAAGAUUUUGUGCCCCAAGCGGCAGUCUGUUCGGCCACACGAGGAAAGCCCUUCCUGCCAGUGACAAUCUGAUGGCAACUGAAGGGAUUUAAUACUUUCACACUGAGUAUUAAGGAUGAAAUAAAAGCACCAAGGCAAGAAAGUGAAACAUUUUCGCCCAAGCAAAUUCCGCAAUGGAAAUCCAUGUCAUUACUUGAUGCAUGUUUUGUUCUUCUUUGUUGAAACUUCCCGACAUUAGAUUCUUUAUGAAGAUUUGACCUUUUAUUGAUGGAUAUAAACAGUGCAACUAACAGUGCUGUUGUUAUUUGUCUAUCUCUUGUCUUGCAGUAAAAUAGGAACAGAGUUGUUUCACUCUUGUUAGCUAAUGUAAGUUGCAUGUUCUGGGACAUCUGUGGUGAAAAAGUGAUGCAGCUUGUGUUCAGAACAUAUUCAGUUGACAGUCUCGCCCAUAUCAACAUUAUUUAUUGACUGUAUAUUCCACUUCCUUGACUCACAUAGAUAAGCGAAGAAGAGGUGAUCUAUGUGAGAUGGCAUUACAGCUCAAAUGAGAAAAGAAAAAUAUAAGGUGUGUUCUACCACUAAAAACAUGAGCUUCUCAGUCAAACUCUGAAAUCUAUAUCACCUGCUGUGGACAAGAUUGAAACUAAUAAUGUUUUUGAAUGGAAGUUUUGUGAAAUGUGAAUUAAGUUCUCAUCAUUUUUAUAAGCUGAAAAUCUUGAAAAUGUCAAUCAAUUCUUAUAUGAAAGAAUUGGAAUGUAGCAACUGUGUCAUGUGGACAAUUUUUAUGGUGCUUUUUUCCGUCAUUUAUAGUGAUCAGCCCUGAUCCCCCUUUUUUUUUAAGCACUCUCUGGACUUUCAAUAAUGUGUUCUUUUUGUGUUUAACAGAGGAAAUAGUG